AUGGAGGAUAAAGAAUGGAACAAUCAAACAACAGUAAAAGAAUUCAUCCUCCUUGGAUUUGGAAAUGUCCAUGAGUUCCAAACUCUUCUCUUCCUGGUGUUUCUAGUGAUCUAUCUUGUGACCAUGGUGGGGAACUUGCUUAUUGUCAUCUUAGUUGCAGCUGAUCAGCAUCUUCACACCCCUAUGUACUUCUUCCUGGUGAAUCUGUCUUGCUUAGAGUUGUGCUAUAGCUCAACCAUUUUGCUCAGAAUGCUGAACAGUUUUGUAACCAAGAACCAGUCUAUGUCGGUCAAGUUAUGUUUCACACAACUCUAUUUCUUUGGUGGCUUAGCUACAGCAGAAUGUUAUCUCCUUGCUGCCAUGUCUUAUGACCGGUAUUUAGCAAUAUGUAAACCACUGCAUUAUGUGAUCCUAAUGGAUGUCAGGUCCUGUCUGCAGCUAGCAAGUGCUUCCUGGGUAAUUGGGUUCCUCGUUAACUCCCUAACAAUGUCUUUAGUAACACACUUAGUAUUCUGUGGACCUAAUGAAAUUGACCACUUCUUCUGUGAUUUUACCCCACUACUUAAACUGUCCUGCAGCAAUACCUUAAGAGUACAGCUGUUGAUAUUCAUUCUGUCAGCUCUCUUUGGAUUGGUCCCUUUUAUUUUAACCCUCAUGUCCUAUAGCUCUAUCAUAAGAAACAUUCUAAGGAUCCCAUCGACUGUUGGAAGGAAAAAAGCAUUUUCCAUCUGCUCUUCCCAUCUUAUUGUGGUUACACUCUUUUAUGGAACUAUAGUAAUUGUAUAUGUGUUGCCAAAAAACAGCACACUGAGGGAACUUAACAAGGCCUUCUCUGUCAUCUACACUGUUUUGACUCCACUGGUGAAUCCUUUUGUGUACAGCCUGAGAAAUAAAGACAUUAAACAUGCUUUGAGCAAAGCUGUCAGACAUUUUAUUGACUGA